GCCCACCCUACUUCCUCCAUUUCCGGAGCUGGCGGCUUCUCUCGUUGCUCUGGCGACGGGGAAGCGCGCUCCCGGGCCUCUAGCUUCACGCCCGAGUCCCCUGGAUCCGGCGGACGAGGCGGGGUGAGGGAGAGCGCGCACACAGCGCUCCUUAGGGCUUCGUGUACUGGCCGAGAGGCGCGCCAUGCAGAAGGGGAAGAGAAAGAGGAAGAGUAGGGGAAUCUGUCCCGUGACCUGAGGUGCUGUCACGUGACUCCAUGGCUGCUGGGAAGAAGACUAUGAUGGAGUAAGGGGAGGAGGCCGGAGAGGUCGCUAAGAAGCCCCAGGCUGGAAGUGACCCGGUUGCUUCUGCUGCUUAACCAUGGGGACCGUCCUGGACAUCAAGAUCAAAAGAGCCAAUAAAGUAUAUUACGCCGGGGAAGUGCUCUCUGGUGUGGUGGUUAUAUCUAGCAAAGACGCUGUACAACACCAGGGAAUUUUAUUAACAAUGGAAGGACUGGUGAACCUGCAGCUCAGUGCCAAAAGUGUUGGUAUGUUUGAAGCUUUCUGUAACUCUGUUAAGCCUAUCCAAGUUAUUAGCAGUUCAAUAGAAAUUGUGAAGCCAGGAAAAUUUCCCAGUGGCAAAACGGAAAUUCCUUUUGAGUUCCCUCUGCAUGUGAAGGGCAACAAAGUUUUAUAUGAGACCUAUCAUGGUGUAUUUGUCAACAUUCAGUAUACCCUCCGGUGUGACCUGAGACGCUCUCUUUUGGCCAAGGACUUGACGAAGAUAUGUGAAUUCAUCAUUCAUUCUACUCCUCAGAAGGGUAAAUCAACUCCAAGUCCUGUGGAUUUUACAAUUACACCUGAAACUUUGCAGAAUGUUAAGGAGAGAGCUUCCCUCCCCAAAUUUCUAAUCAGAGGACAUCUCAAUUCAACCAACUGUAUUAUUACACAGCCACUAACAGGGGAGCUGGUGGUUGAGUACUCAGAAGCUGCCAUUAAAAACAUAGAGUUGCAGUUGGUACGAGUGGAAACUUGUGGUUGUGCAGAAGGAUAUGCCAGAGAUGCUACAGAAAUUCAAAAUAUUCAAAUUGCUGAUGGUGAUGUUUGCAGGAGUCUGUCUGUUCCCAUAUAUAUGAUAUUUCCCAGACUUUUCACUUGCCCUACCCUUGAAACUACCAAUUUCAAAGUUGAAUUUGAAGUUAAUAUUGUGGUCCUGCUUCAGGAUGAUCACCUCAUCACAGAGAAUUUCCCACUGAAACUCUGCAGAAUUUAAAAAAGGAAGAUAAAAGUUUGGGGAAAUGAAGAGAUCAAGGGAAAUUUCAAAGAAUUGAUAGACUUUUACUUGGAGUAAAAGUUUCAGCUAUACACUUGUUUUUCUUUAUUAUUCUGAUCAGAAUGAACUUAAUGCCUCAGCAGUUGUAAUUGUAAUUAUGUACUAUUUUCCUUUUGGCUGCUAUUUCUAGAACAUAUGGCUUUUUUUAGUCACUGGGUUAAAGGAUAUAUUUUCUUUGAUAUUCAAGGAUUUUCUUGUGUUAAUAAGAUUGCUUAGCAGAAAAAAUGUAUUUGUACUUAGACCUAACUUUUCUUCUCUAAGCUUUAAAAUGAAGAGUUUUGUAACAAUGAUGUUAAGUGGUCAAAAUUAAGGUUAAAAAAAAGACAUUGUUAAGAUCUCUCAGCGCUCUAAGCCGGGACUUCUUAAAUUUUUUCCACUCAUGGCCCCUUUUUGCCUGAGAAAUUUUUACGUGACCCCAGGUAUAUAGGUAUGUAAAAUAGGUAUACUUUUAUUGUUGCCAAAUUUUUUGCAACCCCUACAUUAGUUGCAUGACCCCAUAUGUGGUCAUGACCCACAGUUUAAGAAGUUAGGCUCUAAGCAACUUUCUAUGUUUAUAAAUUGCAGAGAAGAUGCAAAUCGUUGUCACCUGGAGCUCCUGUUCCUGUUCUAAAGAUUUCCCAGAAUUGCCACCAAAGACUGCUAUAACUCUGGGACAGAGAGUUUGUAGCUCAGAAUAUAUUUCCAAUUAACUAGAACUAUAAUUAAUUAUUAAUUCAAAGUGCUUAAUAAAGGCAUCUCAGAGUAGACAGAAGGUGGUCAUUGCAUCCAGAUCUUGGCUGUGAUACAGACUAACUUGCCUCUGGGACCCCCAGCAAGUCACCUCACCUCUCAAGGUCCCAGACUACCCUCUGAAAUUAUACAUUAGCUAGUCAUCAGCUAAUCUCCAUUGAUUAAAACAGAUUCCACAUCAGGAGUCCUACAAAGAUAAUAUUACACAUUCAGACCUCCUCCUUUUUUAACCCUUAAAAAGAUAUAUUUAGAGGCAAAGUGGUAUAUUGGCCAAAUAUAAUAAAUGAACUAUUUAUCAGGUGCUAUGGGAAGUUGUAAAUAUAUGUUGAUACUUUUGUUAACUUUUUCAAUGACUUUGUCAAAGAUCUUUGGCCACACUGCCCUUCAUAUGGUCCAAAAAAAAAAAAUGUACUCUGCAGAGCACUGUGGCCAAGUGCUGUGGAUACAAAUACAAAAGCAAGAUGGUCCCUGCUCUCCAAGAGCUCACCUUUUAAUGGAAGAGACAACACAUAUGGAAGGUUUCAGCUACAAGUCAGAUGGAAAAGUCAAUCCUUCAAGUGCAGUGGCAAAGCAGAUGGUCAUGCCUUUUUCUUUAAUGUCAUUUCCACUAAUAAAAUCAUAACAAUUUCUAAUUUCAAUCCA